AUGGCGGCGGUUCUCUCCGAAGAAUCGCACUUGAAAGAUACUGACGAAAUACAAGAGAAUGGAGAUGACGAAGUUGAAGACAUACAAGAAGCUGGCGGAGAUUCUGUGAGCAAAAAGAAAAAGAAGAAGAAGAAAAAGAAGAAGGGUCAGUUGUGUUAAUUACACACGCAGAGAAUCGUUGAUAAUGUGAUUACAAAACUGAUACAAAAAUAUCAACUGAAAACAAAAUGACAUGCGUGUGCCACUCUUAUGCCCUGUUCAAACGGUCGUGAUAGUUAAUGAUAGUCAAUGAUAGUUGCAACUUUCAUUUCCUAUCGUUGACUAUCAUGGUUUAGUUCAAACGGCACAAUAAUUGAUGAUGGUUGACAAAAUCACGCGAUGAGAUCGCGUAUUAGUAAACAAAUAUGGCGCGCGCUGAGGUCGGCAAUUUCGGUGGCAUUUGAAAUUUUUAGUCAAGAAGUUGCGAUUUGAAGAUAAUAAAGCUAAGCAGAAGACGAUGAGAAUGAAAUACGAGAUAAUCUGCGAAAUUUUGAUGGCUAUUUAAGUCAUUUUACCAUUUUCAAUUUCGGUUUGAGCCCGUUACUGGCAAACGAUAAUUUUUGCCGGCCCAGCAUUGGGCCUGCAUGGACAUUGGAGUGGUUGGGGGAGGGACUAAGAGUGCCUGUUGUUGCUUGUUGUUGCGUUGGCACCUGGAAUAAAAAAGGGCCAGAUGGGCCAUGUUGAAGACGUGAAAAAGCUGUAGCACGCUUCCUUAUUGAGUCACGCUUUAUUCACUUGAUUUAACGAUUUUACCACAACACUUUGGUUAACUCCCACUCACAAUUUUCGGCUUAUUAAAAAAAAACUACACAAUGAACACCCUGGUGUAAGCUUGUGGAACAGUACUAUACAUGGGGUGAUAAAACACAUGCUGCAAACAUGUUUGUUUGGCCAUGUAAAGAUGAACAAAAUCACUUCAAAUUAUCAAUCUAAUUAAGAAUAAGUAACGUAUUGUACAGUUUCCAACAGCUCCUUGACAUUCCUAGUGGUGUCAUGUUAUAGAAACCAGGAGAAGCUCCAGGUAGAUUUACUAGUAAGUUUAUUAGCUGACUGUACUUUUAUACAACAGGAGGUGGUGAACAAAAUGGUACAGAACAUACUAAUGGUGAAGCACUGAAUGGAGGGGAAGCAAAAGACUCCUCAGCACCUGCUGCUGAACCAGAAGUGAAUGGAGAGCAGAAUAAUGCAGGUAACUUAUCACAUUGUACUCCAUCUCUCUUGGCUUGAGUGUAAUUCUUGUGGUUGUGCUUAAAGCCUUUAACCCUUCAACUCCCAUGAGUGACCAAAAUAGAAUUUCUCCUUACAACAUCAAUACAAUAUCAGCUAGAUAAGUAAUGAGAAUAAAGAAAAUAUCAAUUUGGAGAUAAUAAGUUGAUCCAAUGCUAAAUUCUCUGCACUAACAUCAUAAGAAUUGUAUGGUUGACAAUAAGGAGGAUGACAAAUUUGAUCUGGGAGUUAAAGGGUUAAUUAUUACCCUAAUUUGAGCCUACGGACCAACUUUUAACAUCUGACAGAUGAACUUUUACUAAUACAGCAUCAACUGACACAUUUUUGAGUCAAAGGAAAAAAAAAGCAAUAAAUUGCCUCCCUCCCCAAAAUACAACUAGUUGAUUAUAUUUCUUGUAUACACAGAUGGUGAAGAAUUACAAGAUGGAGAGACCAGCAACACAACUUCUACAAAGAAGAAGAAAAAGAAGAAGAAGAAGUCAGCAGGAGCAAAAACAACAGAAGGGGAAGGCCAAAGUAAUAAAAAAAAAACUAUUUAUCCCUAACCAGUUAUAGUAAACUACUGAGAUUUAAGGGAAGAAAACUGACUCCUAAACUCCCAAAAUCUAACUGUUAAUUCUCCCCUUAAGCUGCUACAAAUUUUGUCAUUAAUUAGUUAUGAGAAUUUGGUGUUACAUCAAGAUGACUUUUACCUGAUAAGUUGAGUUUUCUCACUACUUGUUUGGUGGAUGCUGUAUGGAGAUUAUAGAGAGAAAUUAAAUAUCAAACACUUCUGGGAGUCAAAGGGUUACUGAAUUCCAUGGAACUUUGAUCUGAUAAAAGUUAAACUGACUCACAGGAAAGUUAAUCUGAGUUCUGAAACUUUACAAAUAAGUUUAUAUGACAAUUGUCAAAAGAUUAAUUGGGAUUAUUUCUGUCUUAUUUUUGUGUCAAUUGAUUGGAGACAACUAUCCUGAUUCAAGCUCAGGAGUGGUCAGGGUCUUGUGUUCUUUAGAAAAACACUUAACUUUCAUAAAGCCUCUGUCCACCUGGGAGUUUUAUUGGGUUGAAGCAAAACGUCAGAGAACCCUGAAAAAAUGUGGGAUGGAGUGAGUGUGGCAGCACAGGGAGCAAUAAGCUGAUCAGAAAGAUAAUCAUGUAACCUUUCAAAGUAGUUAGUAAUGAUUUUAAUUUUGAAUCUUUCCAAAUAUCAGAUGGUACUUCCCCCUCUGCCAGGGAGCAGACUGAUCCUCCUACUGUGGCCAUAUCAGAACUUUUCCCAAAUGGCAACUUUCCUGUAGGACAAAUAAUGCAUUAUAAGGAUGAGUAAGUAUAGUGAAUUAUUUAUUGUUAUUCUAACUUGAUGAAAUAAAUUUUUCUGUGAUCAUCAAUAAGAAGGGUGUCUGAACAAUGGCCAGUAGAGUUUGAGUUGUAAAUUUAAAUAGGAAAGGGUUAUAAACUUGUUUUAAAAUACAGCUCUUGUUUUAGCUCCAGUCUUUUGGGAUUUAACCCUUUCACUGCCAAUAUCUCAAUAUCAUUUUUGUUCACUCUCAGUUACAAUUUUCCUGUUAAUUCCAGCUCUGAGACUUUGAUCUAAAUUUAAGCAACAUCCUCUAGUUGUUUUUUUUUUCUGCUCUUGUCACCUUUCUGCUUGACAAUGCUUUGAUGCGGCAAAGAAAGAUUAGCUAUUGGUCAAUGACUCUUGGGAGCCAAAGGGUUACACCCUGAUAACUUUUGAUCAUAGGAUGUCUGUGGAAUCUUCAUCCAAGGGAUUGAAGAUUUACUGCUUCCAUUUCCAAUAUCAUACCACUCAAAAUAAUAAUAAUAAAACAGUUUAUUCAAAUGUCACCACACUUAAGCUACACACUGUAUAAGCUAAUUGGACACACUUUCCCUUUGUUCUCCCAAAGUACAAAACUGAAAGAAAAGGAAGCAAGUGAAAUUUUUUUGCUACAUUUUCAAAUUUUUUUGCCCACUAGCAAUCUGUGGCGUGAAACAAACGAAGAAAAGAGAGCCCUAGAUCGAGCACAAAAUGACAUGUACAGUGAUGUGCGACAAGCUGCAGAAGCUCACAGACAGGUAAUGAGACCAGACAGUCAUUGUAGAGCUUGAGUGUACAAGACUUCUGGUAAAGUAAACUACACAUGGCAUUAUGACAAUAAUACAUCAUUAUUAUGAUAGGAUGAAAGCACCUUUUUUUUUUUUUUUACAACUAACUGUAACAUAUAAUUGCAAAUCAUUGUACUGUAUACCAGAUAUAUUGGGAUGUUUGUAAAGCAUCACUGAUCAGUGAAAUCUCCAGCUUCCAUGCAGAAUCCUGCUACUAGAUUUUGACAGUGAUGGAAACACUGAUAAACCUGGCUAAAUAAUUCCAAACAUACAAUUUCAACUAGAUGUAACUUAAUUUAUAUAAAAACUUCAACUAGAAGUAGGGAAACCAGCAUGCUUUUUUAUCUAGGAUCUAAACUGAGGUGGCCAGGGUGAGACUUGAUCCUGAUACUGUACUUCCUGAUUGUGUGUGUAACACUCCCAGUACCUGAUUGUGUUAUGCUGUACCUCCUUCUCUUAGUUCCUUGUGCCUCUAUUUUUUUUUCUUUUUUCCUCAGGUCAGAAAGUAUGUGCAAGGCUUUAUCAAGCCAGGAAUGACCAUGAUUGAGAUUUGGUAAGGACAAAAAUUAGAAAAUAAAAUAAGGAACUGUGGUAGGGAAGGCAUGUACACCAUUCUGGAUCAUGUGAUCUUAAUUUGUUAUUACCUUACAGACUUCACCGAGUAGGAGAGACUGCUGGUACAUGUAGUCUAGGGAGAAUUGCCCAUCAGAUCUUCAGAGUUUAAGCCUUUGACCCCUUAGAGUGACCAGUGCCUAAUUUCUCCUUACAAUAUCAUACCUAAAUCACACAGUAAGGUCACAAAAAUAAAGGAAAUGAUCACUAACAAAAGAAGUUGUUGAUUGCUAAACAAAUUCUCCUUGCCAGAACCUUAAGAAAUGUAUAGAGAACAGUAUGGAGAAUAUAGAUACUGAUGUUAGGGUGUAAAGGGCUGAGGGUUAAAGAUUUUGCAAUAGCCAUACCUAGAAAAGCAUUGAUUAGAAAGUGAACAGUCAUGUCUCUUAAGAAUUUUGCAAGUAGCUUUAUAUGCUCAGUAAUACCUUUUAUGGUGCUAGAUCUCCCCUUGAUUAUAACAUAUUAAUUGUUGUACUUUUUUUGGCUGGGCAGGGAAUAGAGGAAAUGUUGCACUUUGCUGUUUUUGCUCUAUUUUAACUACUUGUGGUUUAUUUUCCCUUUUUCGCAGUGAAAAAUUGGAGGGAGCUUCUAGAAAACUCAUAAAUGAAAACAAACUCAAAGCAGGUGAGUGAUUUUACUUAUUAACUGGUAAAUGUUUUAUUUUCAAUCAUUUGGUACAUGAUUUGAAAUGGUAAAACUUAUUUACUGCCUGUGUUUUGUGGAGUUACAAACAGUCGUUAAUCCUUUACACCCUCAGACUGGUAUUCAUUCAAAAGUCAUGGAUUUUCCCCACUGUUCUCUUUACAUUUCCUGUGAUACUGACAAGGGGAAUAUGUUUGACAAUCUGGAGCAUCUUAAAUGGCUAUUCGUUUUCUUUAUUCUCAUGGCCUUUACUUUCGAUGUAAGGGUGAUGGUGUAAGGAGAACUUAGAAACCAGGAAGUAGUUGAUGCUGCGUCAAUAAAAUCACAGGACCAUAUAUUCAGUCUGUGUUUCUCUUAAGUUUUUUUUAUGAGGGCCCCAUUGAACAAUCCCCGCUGAAAACUGCUGUGGUGGCGAGUUGGGCUCCCUCGUUAAAUAUUAUCAUCAUUAUCAUCAUCAUCAUCAUCAUCAUCAUCAUCAUCAUCAUCAUCAUCAUCAUUAUUAUUAUUACCCCGGUAUUAAUAUUAUUAUUAUUAAGUUUCACUGCAUCACUGAACAGACAUCUCAAAAUAGAAGAGUGUGUCUUACAAUUAAGAUCUUUUUUGUUUCUCUAGGUUUGGCUUUUCCCACUGGAUGUUCCCUGAAUCACUGUGCAGCUCAUUACACUCCUAACGCUGGUGACAAGACAGUUCUACAGUAUGAUGAUGUCUGCAAAAUUGAUUUUGGAACUCACGUGAAUGGUAAGGUUAGGGUUGCGUGGGGGCUGGGGAAUCUGGGUGCCUCUCUCCUUCUCCCAUCGGAAGUUAGGGGUUUUUUACUUCUUGCCUGACACCAAAAUUAUUGUAAUGACAGGAUGGCAUGUUAGUACAUAUUAUGGAGAAUUGGCUCUUCUGUAUAACAAGUUCUCUAUUCUGGAUCAAAAGUUUUUUCGAGGGCCCAACCCCCCCCCCUUUCCUCCUUCUCUCCUUCCCUCCCCCCCCCCUUCUACCUGAUAAAAAAUUUUUGGAUCAAAAUUUUUUUUUUCUUAUUUCAUUGUAUUAGAUUGUUUUGAGUGAUUAGUUUUUUUUUAUUCCCUCUUUUCAGGGAGAAUCAUAGAUUGUGCCUUCACUGUAUCAUUUAACCCCAAAUAUGACAACCUGCUUGCUGCAGUUAAAGAUGCCACAAAUACUGGAAUAAAGGUGCAGUGUUAAAUUCAUUGUGUUCUUAAUAGUUGUUUGUGUGUUUUUGUUUUGUUUUAUUCUUGAUGUGAAUUCUCUACUUACUUCAGAAUUUUGAAUAUGCUUAUAGUCUACACAAGGUAUCUCUCCAGAGAUAUCCAGCAAUUCUAAUAACAUGAAAUUGUCUUUAUUUAUUUACAGGAAGCUGGAAUUGAUGUGAGGCUUUGUGAUGUUGGUGAAGCCAUACAAGAAGUGAUGGAAUCUUACGAAGUUGAACUGGAUGGAAAAACUUACCGAGGUGUGACUAUUGUAUUUUCUAAAAAAAAAGUAUCAUAUCCUCAAGAUAAUUCUAGAGCCCUUUGCUAAUUAUAAAUUGAUAUGUUUUACUCAACAGUGAGACCAAUAAGGAAUCUGAAUGGUCAUUCCGUAGCACCGUACAGGAUCCAUGCUGGAAAAACAGUGCCAAUAGUUAAAGGUGGAGAAGCUACAAAAAUGGAGGUGAAUUUGUGUUCAUCGCAUGAUGUUGAAAUGUUCUUUACCUUUUUGUGAUUGUAUUUUAAACUGGAAUGUUUUAUCUCUCUGCCUGCGUGUUAUGUUUUUUGGCAUUCAUGAGAAACUAUUGCAUUGUUGACCAUUUGGCACCAUUUUGUGUCCCGAUCACAUCACUGACAUGCAGGCUCUUUCACUUUAGGAGAAUGAAUUCUUUGCUAUUGAAACAUUUGGCAGCACAGGGAAGGGUGUGGUUCAUGAUGACAUGGAUUGUUCACAUUACAUGAAGAACUUUGAGGUUGGACAUGUUCCUUUGAGGUAAGACUUGAAGCAACAAGGCCAUGGAAUGAAAAUAAAAUAAUUUGCUCCCAGAGACAUCAUAGAGCACAACCCGAACUUGAUUUAUUGGCAUGUGAUGCAGGCAUCUUAUUAAGGCAAGUUCACAUUACAAGCUCCCAAUGGUUGAUUUUGAGUUGAAGUGAACAGUGGGAGGGUGGGGUGGGGCAGACAAGAUUUUUAUUACCCAAUCCCCUCCCCCCUCCAUCCUCUUUACUGGGCUCUCAGCCCUUCAGUACUAAUUAAUUUCUCUCUCCAGCUUUCCACUGCUAUAAAAAAAAGUGGCAGCUAUAAUUAUCACCAAGAAAAUACUGAGCACUCUCUUGCCAAAAUCACAACUGCUCUGCAGGCUGUUGACCUAUAUCUCUUUUUCACAACUUUACAUUCCUUAGGUUGCCCAGAGCUAAACAACUUCUGAAUGUCAUCAACGAAAACUUUGGCACCCUGGCCUUCUGUAGGAGGUGGUUGGAUCGGCUGGGACAGGUACUUUCAAUGAUAGAAUAGCAUCUCUCUCUUUGUAGGACAAUAAUUGUAUGUGUCAGAUUUUAUAAAAAUUUAGAAUGAUCAUAUUAUGAAAUUUUGCUGAUUGUUUCUGUUGCUUUGAGUGGUAUCCUCUAUAAAAUGACAGCCUCUGCUACCAAAAACUUUCAGGAAAAAGGCACACAAAAAUGUGUCUCUCUCAUUGGUUGAGUUCACUGUACCCUUUUGCUGAUUGGUCUGAACUCUUUGCACAUGACUUUGAACUUGGUAGAUAAACAACCAAUCAGGGACUGUUUCACUUAAGUCUUAAAUCUUACUACUUUACUGCCCAAAAGGACUGACUAAACAACAGGAUCAAACAAGAAAGCUUUCCUUAUACUCUUGCCUUCUUGUUUUAAGUCUUUCAUUGGAUCUUUUUUUUGUAGCUUUUCAUUGCACCGCAAUCCACUUGUGGCAGAAUGAGGACAAUUUGCAUAAUCCCCUAAAACUAAAACCUGCUUACAGCUAGUGCAUGCCUGCCAAAUUACUGUGCUCUAAGAAUAUUUUCUACCUUGCAGACAAAGUAUCUUUUAGCUCUGAAGAGCCUGUGCGAUGCAGGAGUGGUUGAUCCCUACCCACCCCUCUGUGACAUCAAGGGUUGUUACACCGCUCAGUUUGAGCACACAAUACUGUUGAGGCCAACAGUGAAAGAAGUGAUCAGCCGAGGAGAUGAUUACUAGGAGUUUUGUUUUAAACCCUUUCACUUUCAAGAUCUAAAUAUAACUUCUCAGCACUGUUGGCUACACAUUCUUAGUAAUUAAGUAGUGAGGAUCUGGUUUUUAAUCAAGUAGUAUCUGCUUGUUGAUAAUUUUCUUUCUUCUCAUCACGACUGUGCUCAGAAGUGUAUUGCACUUGUAAGGAGAAUUUCUUUUUUGGUCACCACUGGGAGUGAAAGGGUUAAUCCUAUCUUAACUAACUUAAAUACUUAAAUUAAAGUAUUAAGAAAACCAAAAUUAAUUUGCAACAUCCUGGGAAGCGAGCAGACCAUUUGGUCAGGAGAGGGGCUAGGAAAGUGCAUUGGGUCUAUUUAGCCUGUUCCAUGCAUUCAGCGAGAAAAAUGGUCAGAAAUAAGAGUUGUAAGUUUAUGCAGUUGUCGACAGGGGUUAUAAAACGAACAGAAUAAUUAACGAUUAAAUAUAAUUUAAUUGUUUCGACAGCGACUCUGGUGGGUCAGGCAAAUGAAAACAAACCUUCGAAUGGCAUCGCAACAGUUCUUUUGAUCGAUCAUUCUUUCUUCUUUAUAAUCAAUUUCAACUGGUUUAAGCUGAUGUGCUAACCACAGGGAAACAACAGAUACCAGAUUGGCUUCACUUUUUGAACAAACUACAACAGAUGUGUAAUUGCGUU